CCUCAGUGUUGACAGACACACGUCUGCAUCACCUGCAGGACAGAGUUAGUCUCUUUCUGACAUGCAGAGGAUGUGGCCUCAAGACGCUUAUUUGGAUCUUAGGGUGGAAGCUUUUUCUUAUUUAUAACAUCUUUGAGUUGGAGCUUCAUCAGAAAACCUUUGGAGAUGUGUUUUUUGUGAAGACGUCAUUUUUAUUUUACUUUUUUUUCAUAAAGAGGACGGAAAAGGAAAAUGGAGAGUCAGAAGUCAGUCAACUUCAUGAGGCUUUUAUCAGAUGAAAGCACCAGGACCACAGUGUCUUCAGACUCCUGUGAGUACUAUGAGACAGAGAUCUAUGACCUGCUGCCCAGUGUCCAGGCCUGCCGGGCUGAGCAGAGCCGAUACGGCCCCUCUGAGGGCAGCGAGGACGACCCAGAGCAUGCAGAGGGUGGGAGCCAUGGCUACCGGUCAAGAGGACCCAGAGACAAAACAUCUGUGCCGCCGCUUAGAAACCUGCCAUUGUGUAUGCAGGGGAAGAGAGGAGUCAGGGAGAGGAGGAAGAUGCAAAUCAGCAGAAUUGGUGUUUGGGCAUCGUGGAGGCGGAGCCAUAGCAUCAUCUGUAGGAGAUGGUGGGGUCACAUGGGAGAGUGGUUCUCCGGUCUGUUGCCAUGGAAGCACACUCUGCACAAAAUUGAAGGCAGGGUUGGGGUCGGGGUGAAGUCCUACUUUGUUUUCCUCAGAUAUCUGAUUUGGUUGAACCUGCUGCACUGUGCUCUGGUUGGGGGUUUCAUCGUGGGCCCCACAGCGUUUCACAGCGGCAACAGAAAGACGGAACUGUUGAACAUGGUUAAAAACUUCUCAGCCUUAGAUGUCUUUCUUGGAACGGGCUUCCUGGAAAACUCUCCUCUGUUCUUCGGCUUUUACAAGCACAGCUCUCUACGUUUUUCCUGCUUGAACACACCCCUGUUAUACUUUGCUGGGAUCAUCUCCAUCCUCCUCCUGAGUCUGAUCAUGGUGAUCCGCAGAACCACUGUUGGCUACAAGCACACCUGGAUGGUGGGGAAACGUUACAGCACAAAUGUGAGCUUUAAGAUCUUCUGCAGCUGGGACUUCACUAUCCAGGACCCCACAGCAGCAACGCUCAAGCACAGCUUCAUCAGGAAUGACCUCAAGCUGUUCCUGCAGGAGCAGAGCUUCUCCUUAAGGAAGGCCAUGAGAACAUUCGGACAGAAGCUGCGACUCUACCUGCUCAGGUUUAUCCUCAACCUGAUCGUCUUAUGUCUGCUGGGUGGAGCCUUUUACCUCAUCUACUUCAGCACUCAUGUUUCUCAGCAGAAAACGGAUGACCUUAGCUGGCUGGUCAACCUGCUCUAUCAGUAUCUCCCCCCGAUCACUAUCACCUUCGUCAACCUGGUUUUACCUCAUAUGUUUCGUAAGAUCUCAUCUUUCGAGGACUACUCUUUCACCACGCAGGUGAACGCCACACUUGUGAGGAGCAUCUUUUUGAAGCUGGCGUCCCUGGGAAUCUACUUGUUUUUCUUCUUCAGAAAACUGUCAGAAGCUUGCAGGGAAAACCGGUUCGGCAGGGAAAUGUACAAGUUGUGCAUCUUCAACUUCCUUGCCACAUUCUGCAACACUUUUCUCCUGAGCUACCCCAGGAAGCUGCUGAAAGAGAAGUUCCCGACCUCACUGCUGGCCCGUCUGUCUGGGAAACAGCGCUUCCUGAUUCCCUUCAAUGUGUUGGAUCUGGUUUAUGUUCAAACAGUUUCCUGGGUGGGAGUCUACUCCUGCCCCCUGCUGCCUCUCAUAGGAAUCUUCACGCUGACGGCCACCUUCUACAUCAAAAAGUUCAGCGUCCUGCGCUGCUGCAUGGCGGAGCAGCGCAUGUUUCGGGCCUCCAGCUCCUCUGUUUUGUUCCACUUCAUGCUGCUUCUGGGUCUCCUCAUGGCCGCCGUCACCCUGGGCUACGACUUCCACAAGCAGCAAUACCCAUCCAGCUCCACCUCCAGCUCCUGCGGCCCGUUUGGAAGUGAAGAAACGGUUUUUAAUGUGACAGGAGAGUGUGUGAAAAAUCUUCCCGCUGCAGCCCAGACCACCAUCCGCUACCUGUCCUCCGAGGCCUUUGCUCUGCCGCUCAUCCUCGCAGAGAUCAUCAUCCUGACCUCCUACGUGUCACGCGGUCGAGCCAAUACGAAGGCCAUCGAUAGGCUGAAAGACAUGCUGGUCAUGAGCAGCUCGGAUAAGCGGUUCUUGGUGAUGCAGCACGCCACUUUGCUCAGAAGCCGGAAGGUCACCAGCAGAAGUCACUGCAGCAGCGGCAGCGGAGGACAGCCUGGGGGGCCAGAGGCUGCAGGGACGUGACAGAGCAAGCAAAAAACGCUGACGGCCUGCCCCCCCCCCACAACAUGGAGCAAUGAUUUCUGAUGGUGUGAAUUUAGAAAGAAGGUAUAAUAAAGUGUGAAGCCACGCCAGAGUCCAUGUGAGCUGGAUCCCUAUCUGACAGACAAGUUUUUAAGUAUGUUUAAGAACAUUGACGCUGUGUUGGAAAUAAUGUUAUAAACAAAGUUUAUGUUCCACUGUAACCUAAAAUGAACUGUGAAUGUGUCUUCCCCACUGAAAGCUUUUGUCUUUUGUUCAUGUGUGAUGUAUUCAUGCUUUGAAGCUUGAACAUGUUGUAGAUUGUUCAAAUAAAGCUAAACAUGCAAGCCGAA